AUGCCUUUCACUGCUUCUGAUAUCUGCAAAAUCAUCUUCGCCAUCAUCCUGCCUCCUCUGGGUGUCUUCCUGGAGCGCGGAUGUGGUGCUGACCUCCUCAUCAACAUCUGUUUGACCAUCCUGGGUUGGUUGCCUGGUGUCAUCCACGCCUUGUAUGUGUUGCCUCACCCUAGACUUAAUCUCCCCGAAAGGACACUGAAACUAACCCCAAUCUGUCUCGCAGCUACAUCAUAUUCAAAUAUUAAUCACGCUGAAAUGACCCCCACCGGCGUUGCCUCUCGGUUCCCAUGCGUCUCGCGCGACAUUCAACGGGAAUAA